AUGGGAGGUAGUAAGAAGCAAGUUGUCACUCAAACUUCUUCCUCUCUCGCUAUCGUUGAAGCAAACACUCUUGACAACAAACUUGUCACCAUUGACGCACCGAUUGUUUCCUCCUACAAUGAUCGGAUCAGACCAUUGCUCGACACUGUUGACAGGUUGAGGAACCUGAAUGUGAUGAGGGAAGGCAUCCAGCUCCCCACCAUUGUCGUUGUCGGAGACCAGUCCUCGGGGAAGUCAAGUGUUCUCGAGUCCUUGGCCGGAAUCAGCUUGCCUCGUGGACAAGGAAUCUACACUAGGGUUCCUCUUGUGAUGAGACUCCAGAGAAGCUCUAGCCCUGACCCUGAGAUCUGGCUUGAGUACAGUGACAAAGUUGUUCCUACUGAUGAGGAACACAUCGCUGAAGCCAUCUGUGCUGCAACAGAUGUCAUUGCUGGAUCUGGAAAAUUGGUAUCAGACACUCCAUUAACACUCCACGUGAAGAAAGCUGGCGUUCCUGAUCUCACCAUGGUGGAUCUCCCCGGGAUAACUAGAGUUCCGGUGAACGGACAGCCUGAGAACAUCUACGAGCAGAUCUCAGGGAUGAUCAUGAAGUACAUUGAGCCACAGGAGUCAAUCAUACUCAACGUUCUCUCAGCUACUGUUGAUUUCACCACCUGUGAGUCCAUUCGAAUGUCAAGACAAGUUGAUAAAACCGGUGAACGGACUCUAGCUGUAGUCACAAAAGUUGACAUGGCUCCUGAAGGUCUCCUCCAGAAAGUCACCGCAGACGAUGUGAGUAUCGGACUUGGCUACGUCUGUGUGAGAAACCGUAUCGGAGAAGAGACGUACGAAGAAGCAAGAUUGCAAGAAGAGUUACUCUUCAGGACUCAUCCGCUGCUACGUUUGAUCGACGACGACAUUGUUGGGAUCCCUGUGUUGGCUCAUAAGCUGAUGCUCAUCCAAGCGACGAUGAUCUCUCGCUGCUUGCCUGAGAUCGUCAGAAAGAUCAAUCUGAAGAUGGAAACUGCGGUGGUUGAGCUGAACAAGCUGCCGAUUGUCAUGGCUUCUACUGGAGAAGCGUUGAUGGCGUUGAUGGACAUCAUAACCUCUGCUAAAGAGUCUCUGUUGAGGAUUCUGAUCCAAGGAGAUUUCUCUGAGUUUCCAGAUGAUCAGAACAUGCAUUGUACAGCUCGUUUGGCUGACAUGUUGAGCCAAUUCUCAGAUAAUCUCCAAGCGAAGCCGGAAAAUGGUGUGACUGAGUUCCUGAUGGAUGAAAUCAAGGUUUUGGAUGAGUGUAAAUGCGUUGGAUUGCCUAAUUUCAUCCCCAGAUCUGCGUUUCUGGCGAUUCUUUCGCAGCAAGUGGAUGUGAUUCAUGACAAGCCGGUGGAUUUCAUCAGGAAGAUUUGGGAUUACAUUGAAACUGUUCUCUCGUCGGUUAUCGCGAAGUACUCUGAUAACUUUCCCCAGAUCCAGUCUUCAAUCAAACGAGCUGGAAGAAUUUUGAUAAGCAAAAUCAAGGAGCAAUUUGUGAGCAGAGUGAGUGAGAUCGUUGAGAUGGAGAAGCUUACGGAUUACACGUGUAACCCUGAGUAUAUGAAGUCGUGGACGGAGAAGACGGCUUCGCAGCAAGACUUCAUCGAUGCUGUGUUGAAUGAUGCGAGGAGACCUGAGUUUUUCGCUAUGGCUGGAUUCGGGAAUGUGAAGAUUUCGCAUCUGAGAAAGUAUCAUGCGCAUUUGCUGCAGCAAGCGUUUGAUAUGAAGAUGAGGAUCUCGUCUUACUGGGCGAUUGUUCUGAGGAGGAUCGUGGACAGCCUCGCGUUGUAUCUUCAGCUCUCUGUGAAGUAUCUGGUGAAUAGUCAGUUUCAGAAGGAGGUGGUGGCGGAGAUGGUGGAUCCGAGGGGCGGCGGAGGAGUUGAGAGGAUGAUGGAGGAGUCGCCGUCGGUGGCGAGCAAGAGGGAGAAGCUGAAGAACAGUAUUAAGCUUCUGAAGGAGUCCAAGGACGCUGUUGCCGCCAUUGUUGAUCAGACUUCUGGGUAUGGAGAUCGUUGA